AUGAUUCAGGACAUUCCUUGCGACGUGUUCGAAUUUCUUUCAAAUUAUCCCUCGAAUUCUAACAACCCUUCACAAUCAGACAAUCUCCUAUUCUACCAGAACAAACUGAAGUGCAGACCUGACAGACUGACCAUCGAUGAGCUGCAUGAAAGGUGGGAGGGAGCUUAUGAUACCCUCGAAUACAAACACGGCUUUGUCCAAUGGCUGUUCCCUAUCCAGGAAUACGGCAUGAAUUCCCAGUCCCAGCCAUUACAACGACACGAACUUGAAACAAUGAGAUCUUCUCCUGAGAUCAGACAGCGCGUCAUAAGAUCGUACAAACUUAUGCUUGACUUCUACGGAAUGAGGUUGUUGGACGACAAGUCAGGACUGCUGGGUCGUGUGUUGCCGCCAAGGACGUUUGAAAGGCGGUACAGAAAUCUCGUUCAGUCAUCGCAUAACAACCUUCGGAUAUCCCGGAUAAUGAAAUGCCUCUCUGAGAUGGGUUUAGAGCACUUGAAUGCGGGAUUCGUACUGCACGUCCUCAACGAGCAGAGCGAACACAAGGAAUUGUUAACAGGAAUGCUGAAGGGGAGCAUGGAUCGUUGGUGGGCAAAUUGCAACAGAAAUGAGGAGGAGAGGAAGUGGGUCGCCGAGAUCAUUCGCAGAGUCAGGAGCUCGAGAGGCCAAUGGGUGUUUACAAGAGAGAUGUACGAAAGGGCUUUAAAGAGGAGAAAUGAGCGGGGUUCUUUGGGCCUCGACGACGAGGACGAGGACGUAAAUGCGAAUGUGAAGUUGAUGGGCGCAUAG